GAACCAUCGAACAUCCAAGCGUGUGUAUCAACCCGGACACAUUUUACGCACCCGCCGUUUGUUGAACGGUUGAUUAAAGCAGCUUCGUCCAUGCGUAUGUCAAGCCGACUGUUGUGCUUCAGGUGCACAGAUUAAUAUAGAGGUGUUCGUCUUGACUGCACACGGAGGCAUCAGAAGUAUGUCUGCUGCUCUCACACGUUGCCCGGGCUGCGGCUCCUCCAACAUAGUGGAUGAUAACCUGUACUGCCAGGUCCAGCGGGUGUGCGUGGACUGCGGCUCGGUGGUGUCGGAGGGAGUGCUGAGCAACGACUAUACCGGAGAUACAGAAAUCAGCUACAUGCGAACCACAGAGGUAUCCAGAAAGCCGUGUUUGAACCUGAUUAAAGGUCUGCAGCGUGUUAAGGCCAUUUGUCGGAUUCUCAGAGUUAACUGCGCGAUUGAGCAACUUUCGCGGACCUAUUACAACCAAUCCUAUCAGCAUGAACAUUUCAUCAGAGUGAGCCUCCAGAAGAAAGAGGUUCUUGGUGGUUGCUGCGUGCUUGUGAGCUGCAGACUGCUCAAUUGGCCCAUAACCAUGGGAACCAUCGGCUGUCUGCUGGAGUCCGACCCGAUCAUGGUGGGAGUGGUUUACCAAGAGAUGAUCAAGAUCCUCAACAUCGAGGCUCCUGUCUUCAACAUCUAUGAUGUGAUGGAGGCCCACAGUCAGGAGUACAAAAUUAGCUCCCUUCACGUUCCUGAAGAACUGGCAGAAGACUCAAGGGACUUGACGAAACGUGCUGUGGCCCUGGCGGAGCUGGCAGCAGACACCUGGAUCGUGACUGGCCGUCAUCCCACCCCCAUCAUGAUGGCGUCAAUCUAUCUGUCGUGGCAGUCCUUGAAACCCAACAAGCAACGCCUGAAAUUCACUCUGGACAAGUUCUGUCAGGUUGCCAAAGUGAAUAAACUGAAGCCUGCUAUGAAGAGGAUAGCUGAGUUGAAGGAGGUGCUCUGCAAGCUGGGUAGAGAGAUUCCUUGGAUCAGGGAAGCGGUGACGCCUGACAAUGUUAUGCGGCAGCUGGAUGAUAUUUUAAAGCACAGGUUCGCCUUGCUGAGGAGGGCCCUGAGAACGCAUGAGGAAGCUAUGCUCGCAGAGUGUGAGGCCAGCAGUGAGGACUGUCAAACUGAGGAGUCUGCUUCUUCACAAGUCUCUGAGCAUGCAAAGCCAAAUUCAAAUGAAUCCCCUGCAGAAAAAUGUGAACUGAAUGCUGAGAGCGCCCAGAGACCCAGAGAUGGAAAUGAUAAUCCACACACAGUGCCAGAGGUGAACACUGACUCUCAGGAGAGCCAAGGUCCAGCACCUAACUGGGGGAAGAGAGUGCUGUUUGCUCCCCCGUGUGUGGUGCAUGCAAAGAGGAGGAGAGCGGAGCAGCCCAUGUGCAAAGAUGUGACUGGUGAUGAGGAAAUCUCAGAUAGUGAAAUUGACUCGUAUAUCCGUACUCCCCGGGAAGCCCGGGAGUUUGCUCUGACACAGAAGGUGUUGUCUGAGAGUGAGAAAAAGUAACCCGCUCUGCUUAAAAAUCAGAUUGUGCUAAUAAGGAUUCAGGUAAUUCAAUUAAAUGUUACUUUUGGUUCACGAUAAGAGACGUUGCAACCUAUUUAAUAUAGUUUAUACCUCAUUCUGUUUUUUGCUUUUGCUGCUGGUGCACUUUCGAAUAAAGUUGUU